AUGGGGAUCUUCCUGCGCGACCCUGCAGAACGGUUCUUGUCCGCUUGGUUGUCAAAGUGCGAUGCUUGGGAGUACGGGGGGAUCGAUUGCCUGGGUCCUCGUGUCUCCGACCUGCCCCUAGACAAGAAGGUGGAAAUGUUUGAGAAGAUGGUGGUAGAGCUGCUCCCGAAGUACAUGGCCAGAGUUCAGGCGCUUGGCGAGUACAACGCUCACUACGAUCCGCAGCACAUCUUCUGUGGCGGCAAACGCAUCGAGGAGUACGACUUCGUGGGCAAACUGUCCGGCUCCCCAGCACAUAUCCAGCAGCAGGUGGUAAACAUGCUGAGGCGUGAUGCUGGCAUGACAGACUCAGACCCACUAAUGGACCUUUCGCGCGACCUGUUCCCGUCUAAAAGCACAGCAGGUCAUGGGACAGGCUCCACGAAUCUGGUGAAGCAGUUCUUUCGAAAUCGCACCAUCUACGAGAAGGUCGUAAAGGUCUUUGCGGAAGACUACCGCUGGGCUUCCUCCGUGCUCAAGGCCCAGUGA